AUGUUACUCGUAUUGGUAGUGACGAGCCUUUUAGGUACAAGCUAUAGUAAUAAUGUAUUGAAUCAAGAACUGGGGAUAAGUGAAGACUACUCCGCAGAAGACCGAGUAGUGGCAUGCGUGAUGAGUCUGCUGAAGCGACACUUCGCUACCAUCGGACAAGUCACGGUAGUCGAGAUUCGCUACAGCAACGAGCGCUUGCUACAAGCAGUGCACUCGCAGUCACUACUGAACGUUGUUAAUCGCAAACCUAUAAGUAAACAUUAUUUAUACAAUCAAGCAUAUUUAGUGACAGCUGGUAACGUAUCCGACUUCACGCAGAAUUUCCCAUACCUUGUCCGGGAGCCUACUUGGAACCCACACGUAAAGUUCCUGAUAAUUGUUAAAUGGAUCAAGGAGGCUGAAUUGAGGCAAGUAUUUGACGUACUACUACAUCUUCAUGUCAUCAACGUAUUGGUGGUAAACAGGGCGGAUCGAUCCCUGUACACUUACAACCCUUACGAAAACUACGGGUGUGGGAAAUAUUACAACAGAGUUGUGAACUUCGGCCGCUGCCCUACAUCGGUCAAUGUUUAUCCCAAUAAACUAAAAACUGGACUGCGACGCUGUAAAUUGACUGUUACAGUGCCUCACUGGCCGCCAUAUACCGUUCAUCACACAAAAAAAAAACAUGGAAUGCAUCCUUUAGGCGUAGAACAAUUUAUCAUUAAUUCUAUAAGAAAAAAGGAAGGAUUCAAAAUUUCUUACAUUUAUAAAAACGAAAGCGAAGAGUACUCAAACGUGAGUAAUGAUAUGCAGGCUACGGGACCGUUAAGUUUAUUGCAAAAAAAUAAAACUGAUAUAAUGAUGGGUGGAAUGGUUCUAUCUGCAAAAAGAGCAGCAGCAUUCGAUUACACGUGUGCCCACUUAAGUAUGGCUGAAGAUUUAAAAGUUGUAGUCAGAAUAGCUUCGUUCAAGCCUGCCUGGACAAGCUUCUAUCUAGCAUUCGACAUGUUAAUGUGGCUGUUACUGCUAUUGUGUUUGAUAACAUUCGCGAUGUUGAUGAUGUUGUUACUAGAGACCCGUGACAUAGGCGACGUUUAUCUCAAGUUACUUGACGGCUUGCUCCUGCACGGAUGUCACAUUAGCAGUAAAUGGACGGUGAAAUGCGUGUUCAUAUUUUGGGUCUGGUUUGCUUACUUGGUGAAUUGCUUUUAUCAGUCCAGUCUGAUGAGCCUCACCACCAAGCCUGUUAAAGAAAUUGAAUACACGCGAGUGGCUCACAUAUCGCAAUACGAACUCAAACUGUGUCUUAGUCCAUUAAUGAUUAAAUUGCUUAAAAUAGAGAGGAACUACAAGAAAAUUCCGUAUAAAUUGCAGAAAGAUGGUUGUGACGAUUUUUUUGGUAGCAUCAAAACUGUCGGCGAAACUGAAAAUCAAUACACCGUUGUCCUGUAUUCUAUAUUUAUGUACCACAAAUACGAUUACUAUGAUAAAUAUGGAAAUCCCCGUGUGCGCGGUUUGAAAAGCACAUUGUCUAAAUUAAGUUACGCUAUAUACAUGUACAAAGGAUUUCCAAUGUCGCAUAGGCUGCAUAUGCUGGCACUACGGUUGAGAGAGAGCGGUUUUAUCCAGAAAUUUAUGGAUUACCAGCUUCACAUGAUGAGCACGAAACAUCGCUACAAGCAAAAGGAUUUCGAAGCUCGUUUAGUCGCUCCCUGGUACCUUUACAUCUUUGGCCUUCUAUCUUCUACGAUAGUGUUCUUUGCGGAACAUUUAAACCGAAAGAAAUCAACUCAAAAGAGAAGACUUAAUGCCCGUCGAGUCUAA